AUGGAGAGCUGCAGCAGCAAUGCUUCCACUAAACACUUCUUCCUGGUCGGCUUUCCAGCUUUGCAGGAUUUCCAGAUGACCCUCUUCAUUGUGUUCUUGUUAUUCUACCUGCUCAUCCUGGYUGGUAAUGUCCUUAUCAUCACUGUAGUCCUGCUUGACCCAAAGCUCCACAAGCCCAUGUACUUCUUCCUGAUAAACCUCUCCGUGCUAGACGUGCUCUUCACAACCACCACCAUCCCCAAAAUGUUGGCCAUGUUCCUGGCCAAUGCRAAAACCAUCUCGUUUCAGGGCUGCUUCCUGCAGAUGUACAGUUUUCACGGGCUCACAGUCACCGAGGCGCUGCUUCUGGUUGUCAUGGCCUAUGAUCGCUACGAAGCAAUCUGCAACCCACUGCACUACCCGGCCAAAAUGACGAGAAGAGUGAACAUCCAGCUGGCCACGAGCGCCUGGCUGAUGGCACUGCUCGUCCCCGUGCCUGCCAUCGUGCAGACCUCUCGGUUGUCCUACGGUGCAACAACCAUCGUUUACCACUGCUUUUGUGACCACCUCGCGGUGGUGCAAGCGGCGUGUUCGGAUUUCAGCGCCCAUUUCCAGACCUUCUUGGGCUUCUCCAUUGCCAUGACUGUAUCCAUCAUUCCGCUCGUCACCCUCUCCUACAUCUGCAUCAUCGCCUCCAUACAGAAGAUCAGCUCCAAAGAGGGACGUGCUAAGGCUUUUUCAACUUGCACUUCGCACUUGAUUGUGGUCGGCACCUAUUAUUCUUCCAUUGCCGUUGCAUAUGUCUCUURUAGAGCAGAUAUUCCCGUUGACAUCCACGUAAUGAGCAAUGUUGUAUUCUCCAUUUUAACCCCCCUGUUAAACCCGAUCGUCUACACUUUGAGAAAUAAGGAAGUGAAAUCUGCAGUUAAAAAGCUAUUUUUU